AUGAUGGAUGAGUUGUGCGGUAGUAGUGCUUUAUUAACCACUAAUACAAAUAAUCAUCAUCAUCAACAUCAUCAUCAUCAUCACUCUAUUAGCUCACUGAUACAGCGAAAUGAAGUACAGCAUGGUCAUGUAAAAGUUCCGGAUUUGAUUACCUCUCCGGUAGCAUCAGGCACCCACCAGCAACACAGUGAUGGAAAUAGACGGCGAGAUAGAGAAUCAAAGAAACAGAGGCGCAAUAGGACUACAUUCACAACGUUUCAGCUUCAUGAAUUGGAGCAAGCCUUUGAAAGAUGCCAUUACCCGGAUGUUUAUGCCAGGGAGUUGCUGGCUCAAAAAGUAAAACUUCCUGAAGUUCGUGUUCAGGUCUGGUUUCAAAAUCGACGUGCCAAAUGGCGUCGUCAAGAUAAAGCAGAAAGUAGUGCAAUUGCGGAUUUACCACCUGUGCGACACAAUACCGCUGGUGGAAUACCAUCAUGGGCAUGGAUGACUCAUCCGGAUGAUUUUUCUGGUCUAAUGCAUCCAUUCGUUCCACAAUCAAAUGGUUUACCAGGCCCAGAUAUGGUUAUGAAACCACCUUCAUCCUUUUGUUUCGGUUAUUUACCAACGGCGACGCCUACGGCAAAUACAUAUACAGGCAUAACAGGUUCCGGAAUUGGUGGUACACCAUCGUUUCCUGAUAUUGAAUUACAGGAAGGAGUUCAUAGUGAAAAUCAGAAGAACAUCUAUUCUAAUAAUAUGAUUGUCUAA